GGUCACCUCACGUAAUUGGAAUGAUCAUGAUGAGGAUGUACUGCUUACCAUCCUCGAGGAGAUGGUAGUUGAUGGUGUUAGGUGUGAGACCAGCAGUUUUAAGGCUGGUACAUUUGUAAUGGUUGCCAUGAAGAUGAGGGAGAUGAUUCUAGGCAUUAAUAUAGAGCCAAAGCAUAUACAAAACAAGCUAAAGCGUCUAAAAGAAAAGUAUUCAUUUGCAUAUGACAUGAUGAAUACCUCUGGAUUUGGUUGGGAUGACGAAAAAAAAUGUGUUGUUGUGGAUAGUGACGAUGUACUUCAGUUGUGGGUGAAGAAACAUCCUAAUGCAUCUUACAAACCAAAUAAGCUAUUUCCGUUGUAUCCACACUUGUGUACAAUGUUUGGGAGAGACCAAGCCACGGGUAGUACGGCUGAAUCAGCAUCAUAUGCAAUCGAAAAUAUGGGAUUGGAAAAUGAGGAUGGCGAUGAGACAUUCGAGAUGCCUCCGACUUCACCUACCCCAUCUCCUUCUAUUGGUACAUCAAGUGCAUCUCAACCUACUAGGAAGAGGAAGAGGAAUAAGAAUGAUGCUGAUGCAAAUAUUGUAGCUGUUAGCUAGGUUACCUUCCCAGCUUCAAACCAUGGGUCUCCUAUAUGAUCAGGUGCUGAGA